AAGUGCUUGUGCGUGUGUGAGACUAUGAAAUCAGAGUCCAAGUGCAAAAGUGUGAUCAUGGGGAGAGAUGCUGCGAGAGGAUGAGGUCUAACAGGGUGAGGCAGCAGCGAGAGGCGCUGAGUGUGUGUGUGUGGGGGGAGAAGUAGUGUGUGUGAACAGAGGGAUGCAGUCAUGGCUCUGUGAGAGGGAGCAGCACAGCAACCGUUACCAUGCUGAGCCCCAAGAUAAAACAGGCACGCCGGGCACGAUCCAAGAGCAUGGUGCUUGGGGAGUUGUCUCGGCUCUCCAGGCCCUGCUCUCCUCAGGAUCAGGAGAAACCACUGAAGGUGGGCUGGCUCAAGAGGCAGCGGAGUAUCAUGAAAAACUGGCAGGUGCGUUGGUUCGUUCUGAGGACCGAGGCUCUGUACUUCUACAAAGAUCAGGAUGAAAGCAAGGCGCAGGGCUGCAUUCCUCUACAGGGUAGUCAGGUCAACGAGGUGCCUGCCAAUCAGGAUGAGCCUGGUCGCCACCUGUUUGAAAUUGUUCCAGGGGGAGCUGGAGAAAAAGAUCGAACCGGCAUAAGCCAUGAAUCAUUCCUCCUCAUGGCCAACACACAGAGUGACAUGGAAGAAUGGGUCAGAGCCAUACGAAGAGCUAUUUGGACUCCACUUGGUGGAGGUAUCUUUGGACAACACUUAGAGGAGACAAUGUCAUAUGAGGCACAGUGUGGCCCCCAGAAAGCAGUCCCUGUGCUGGUUGAACAGUGUGCCUGCUUCAUACGUCAACAUGGACUCAAGGAGGAGGGACUUUUCAGGGCACCUGGGCAGACCAAUCACGUCCGAGAACUGCAGGAUGCCUUUGACCGUGGCGAGAAGCCAGUCUUUGACAGUUCCACUGACGUCCACACAGUGGCAUCACUGCUAAAGUUGUACAUACGAGAGCUGCCAGAACCUAUAAUCCCAUUCUGCAAAUACACACAGUUUAUCUCUUGUGCUCAGCUUCUUACCAAGGAUAAAGAAAUGGGCAUCACUGAACUUAGCAAACAGGUGAAAUCCCUUCCUCAGGUCAACUACAACCUCCUUAAAUACAUCUGCAAAUUUCUGGAUGAGGUUCAGUCUCACUCCAGUGACAACAAGAUGAGCGUUCAGAACUUGGCCACCGUGUUUGGACCCAACAUCCUUCGGCCAAAGGUGGAGGACCCCGUUACAAUGAUGGAAGGAAGUUCUCAAGUCCAGCAUCUGAUGAUGGUGUUGAUCAGUGAACACUACCAACUUUACCCAAAUGAGGAACCCCAAAAUAUAAACAAGAUUUCUCCACACCAACAGGACAUCCAGCGAUGCAAAGUGGAAUGGCUUUCACAGGAACAAACUGACCCUCCAUGUUCAACAGAUGCAAGCUCUAAAACCCUUAAAGAAAAUUCCCAAUCUCUUACUCCAGCCAUGGACGAUAAGCUGCCUACAUCAAGCCCUGUUUCAUCUGAUAAGGUCAACAGUCAGAAUAAAGACAAAGAUAAAGGCAAGAUAGAUGAGAAAGUGGAUGUAAAAACUGAAGAAGGUGAAGUAGCCAUUAGCCCUAGCAAACAGUCUAAAGCCCUUCCUUCGUGGAAGUGCACUUUCAAGGGCACUGCAGCCUCCGGGGGGCCAAGGGGAAAAAUGGGGGGCUCGGCAGGGGAUGUGUCAGCAGCUGGUGGGAGCAAAUGGCUGAUGAAUGGCCUGUCGUCCCUCCGAGCUCACAGACGCACCAUCUCAUCUGGUGAAAAGGUGAAAGACUCUACUUUAUCUCUAAAGGAUUCAGCCAUUUCUCUUAAAGAAACCACCCUUCCUCUUAAGGACUCACACAGAGACUCUGAUGAAGAAUCCUCCCGAACAUCUCUGUCUCUCAGAGUCCUCCACCAGUCCCACAGACUGUCUGCCUAUGACAAUGUUGCACCGUCCAGCCUAAGCCUGCCCGCUGACACCUCGACCAUCUGGACACCCUUUGAGAUCUCGCUGUCGGAGACAGAGGGAAGUGAUAAAUUAGAACAAGUGACAGACAGGACAAAUACUUUUGAUCGCAGUGCAAGUGGCAAUGAGGAAGAUGUUGCAGGAACAAAUGAAGAUUUCACAAGAAAGUUGACCCAACUCAAGCAGGAGCUGAAAAAACAGAAACUAAACUAUGAAACCUGCAUCUGCAAGCUGGAGGAGUCCUGCUCCGAGUACCAGUCCCAGAUAAACCGUCUUCAAGAGGAGCUGGAUCAGGAGAAGAAAAAGUUUCACAUGCUGGAGAUCCGACUCAGGAACUCAGAGCGGGCACAUCAAGACGCAGAAAAUCGGAAUGUUCUCCUCCAGAAAGAGAUGGAGGAAUUCUUCAAGACACUCGGAGAUCUGACCACAGGAGCACCACGGGACAACUAGAACAAACAAGAAUAACCAUCAUCUGGUUCUGAAGGAGCUCAGUCAUUAGAAAGACUAACCAACGGGGCCCAAAGCCUUUAAAAACAAAAUACCUCUAGUGCAGUGAAUGAUGCCAUCUUCUCCUCUUGUCCUGUGCCUCCCACUGAGCUGCACUGGUGCCAAACCAGACUUCCUCUGGACCAAGAACUUCUUAGCUUGUCAUUCCAAAAACUUCACCAGAUUAGAUUAGAUUAAAUAGAUUAAAGAUUAAAUUAUUUACUUACAUUGCUUCCUGAAAGACCAGUAAAAGCCUUAUGCAUCGUGUUGUAUUU